AUGCUCACGGACGGAGAUGCCGAUCUGGCCGCGCCCUUCCUCCAGCGCGGCGGACUCGGCCCUGCCGUCGACCACCCCGUGCUCUCCACGCGCUCAAACGUUUUGAGCAAAGAGGCGGACCAAACACGCCUGUUCAAAUUCCCCCUGGCGUCCGGCCCGCAGCUGACGGACGCCAUGCGGCAGGUGCAGGAGGCUGCCGACGACAAGGCCGCGGCGGAGGGGAAGAGAAGUGCCGGCCGGGUGCUUGCGCAUACCUUUGUGCCGGGCCAGCUGGGGUGGAGGACGAUUGCUGAGGACCCGAUGGUCAAGUCGGCCGUUGAGAGGAGGCAAGGUGCCGCUCCUGAGUGGGCCAAGGUGGAGAACUGGAAUGGCAAGUACGCUGACCUGACAGUGUCGUUCAAGUAAAUGGGG